AUGGCACGACCAUGUCUAUACAACACUGAAGAAGAAAAAGUGGAGGCCGCAUGGGGUCAUCAGCGCACUUACUAUGCACAGUUAUGUGCGCAAAAAUGGCAAAAAAUGGAGGAAACAUGCGAGGGAAAGGAAUACAAUGACAGUCAAGCGCGGUGUGUAGGAAGGCCACAUUUGCAUCAAACCCCUGAGCAGAAAGUCGAAGCUGCAUGCAAUUACCGGAAAGAAUAUUAUGAUCGUCAUCAUGAAGAAAUCUGUACCAAAUAUCGGAUCAAAUCAGAUUUAAAUCAUAUGAGUCUCAAACCGGCAAAGCGGGAUACAAACAAGAUGAACAAGAUGAACAAGACACGCUCUCACAAAAAUAAAUGGGCCAGGCUUUGUGAUGAUAUUGAUGCGAGCCUGCAGGUCUUGAUUGGGUCUUCUGAAUCAAGCACAGUGUUGGUAGAGGGCCUAUGCACCCACUUCAUAGCAAACCCAGAUCAGCCUGAUUCAUUGAAUGUCCUGCGGUCCACUCAUGAUGGGUUGGAAGACCUCCUUCAACGGUUCUGUGACUCGUGUUUGAAGGGUUCUGGUGGACUUGAAUGA